CCCCCUGGUGGCCGCGGGGAGGGCCCGUCGGUCGGCGCUGCGGCAACAUGGCGGGGCGGCCUAUGCAAGCAGCGAGAUGUCCCACUGAUGAGCUGUCCUUGACCAACUGUGCUGUGGUGAAYGAGAAGGACUUCCAGUCUGGCCAGCAUGUGAUGGUGAAGACCUCUCCCAACCACAAAUACAUCUUCACRCUGCGAACCCACCACUCGGUUGUCCCCGGCAGCAUCGCCUUCAGCUUGCCCCAGAGAAAAUGGGCUGGCCUUUCCAUUGGGCAGGAGAUCGAUGUUUCUUUAUACACUUUUGACAAGACCAAGCAGUGCAUUGGCACCAUGACCAUYGAGAUCGACUUCCUGCAGAAGAAGAACAUCGACUCCAAUCCCUAUGACACAGACAAGAUGGCUGCAGAGUUCAUCCAGCAGUUCAACAGCCAGGCCUUCUCCGUGGGCCAGCAGCUUGUGUUCAGCUUUAAUGACAAGCUCUUUGGGCUGCUGGUGAAGGGCAUGGAAGCCAUGGACCCCAGCAUUCUCAAAGGAGAGUCUGGAACUGGCAAAAAGCAGCAGAUUGAGGUUGGUUUGGUUCUUGGAAACAGUCAAGUUGCCUUUGAGAAAGCUGAGAACUCCUCUCUCAAUCUGAUCGGGAAAUCAAAGACCAAGGARAACCGGCAGUCCAUCAUCAACCCAGACUGGAAUUUUGAGAAAAUGGGCAUUGGAGGCCUGGACAAAGAAUUCUCUGAUAUAUUCCGAAGAGCUUUUGCUUCUCGAGUUUUCCCACCUGAAAUUGUGGAGCAGAUGGGCUGCAAGCACGUCAAGGGCAUCCUCCUGUACGGGCCCCCGGGCUGUGGGAAGACUCUGAUGGCCCGGCAGAUCGGCAAAAUGCUCAAUGCCAGGGAGCCCAAGGUGGUCAACGGGCCCGAAAUCCUCAACAAAUACGUGGGAGAGUCUGAGGCCAACAUCAGGAAGCUGUUUGCUGAUGCAGAGGAGGAGCAGAGGAGGCUCGGAGCCAACAGUGGGGUGCACAUCAUCAUUUUUGACGAGAUCGACGCCAUCUGCAAGCAGAGGGGCAGCAUGGCCGGCAGCACCGGCGUGCACGACACCGUGGUCAACCAGCUGCUCUCCAAAAUCGACGGCGUGGAGCAACUCAACAACAUCCUGGUCAUUGGAAUGACCAACAGACCUGACCUGAUUGACGAGGCCCUGCUGAGACCGGGGAGGCUGGAGGUGAAGAUGGAGAUUGGUUUGCCAGAUGAGAAGGGCCGGUUCCAAAUCCUGCACAUCCACACGGUGAGGAUGAGGGAGCACCAGCUGCUGGCUGAGGAUGUGGACAUUGCAGAGCUSGCAGUGGAGACCAAAAACUUCAGUGGGGCUGAGCUGGAAGGUCUGGUUCGAGCUGCUCAGUCCACUGCCAUGAACAGACACAUUAAGAGUUGGAACGGUCUGGAGAUGGAGUUGGAAAUCCCAGCUCAGUCCUUGUCAGUUUUUACAGGAGGGUUUUCUUUGGAAAAAAUGGUGAAACCGGCAUUUGGAACCAACCAGGAAGACUAUGCCAGCUACAUCAUGAACGGGAUCAUUAAGUGGGGUGACCCAGURACGAGGGUGUUGGAUGAUGGGGAGCUGCUGGUCCAGCAGACCAAGAACAGCGACCGCACUCCCCUGGUCAGCGUCCUGCUGGAAGGUCCCCCCCACAGUGGGAAGACUGCUUUAGCRGCGAAAAUAGCAGAAGAGUCCAACUUCCCCUUCAUCAAGAUCUGUUCCCCUGAUAAGAUGAUCGGAUUUUCUGAAACAGCCAAGUGCCAGGCCAUGAAGAAGAUCUUUGAUGAUGCCUACAAGUCCCAGCUCAGCUGUGUUGUUGUGGACGACAUCGAGCGGCUUUUAGAUUAUGUCCCAAUUGGACCUCGGUUCUCCAAUCUGGUGUUGCAAGCGCUCCUGGUGCUGCUGAAGAAAGCCCCACCUCAGGGCCGCAAGCUGCUGAUCAUCGGCACCACGAGCCGCAAGGACGUCCUGCAGGAGAUGGAGAUGCUGAAUGCCUUCAGCACCACCAUCCACGUGCCCAACAUCGCCACAGGGGAGCAGCUCAUGGAGGCUUUGGAGCUCCUGGGUAACUUCAAAGACAAGGAGCGCAGCACGAUCGCACAGAACGUCAAAGGGAAGCCCGUCUGGAUUGGAAUCAAGAAGCUUCUGAUGCUGAUAGAAAUGUCAUUACAGAUGGAUCCUGAGUAUCGGGUGAAAAAGUUUUUGGCUCUCCUGAGAGAAGAAGGAACAGUCCCCACCCUCGACUGAAGGCGGACCAAGCGCGAGACCGGCAGCUGGAAAAGCGACCAACCUGGAGAACAAACACUGGGAUCUUUGCUCUUCUGUGCUCCACACACUGGACAAAGCGAAACGCUCCCCGUUCCCCGUGGAACCUGCAUGUGUAGUGCAAUCCAGUACCUUUAUUCUCUGUCUUCAGUAUUCUGAUGUCGUGUGGAAGUGUCUCCUACAACACUGUGCUUCUGUCUGUGCAGCCCGGCUGCGCUGUGGGGCUGAGCCUCGCUCGUGUGCAGCGUUCCUGGGGUGGGAAAUGGAUCCUGGCUUCCCAAAAACCUUCCAGUGUGAGCAGGGAAACGCAUCCUGGCUUCCCAAAAACCUGCCAGUGUGAGCAGGGAAACGCAUCCUGCCUUCCCAAAAACUUACCAGUCUGAGCAGGAAAAUGGAUCCUGGCUUCCCAAAAACCUGCCUGUCUGAUUGGGGAAAUGGAUCCUGGCUUCCCAAAAACCUGCCUGUCUGAGCAGGGAAACGCAUCCUGGCUUCCCAAAAACCUGGCAGCCUGAUAAGGGAAACGAAUCCUGGCUUCCCAAAAACUGACCAGUCUGAGCAUGGAAAUGGAUCCUGGCUUCCCAAAAGGCUGCCAGUCUGAUAAGGGAAAUGGAUCCUGGCUUCCCAAAAACCUGCCAGUCUGAGCAGGAAAAUGGAUCCUGGCUUCCCAAAAACCUGCCAGUUUGAGCAGGGAAACGCAUCCUGGCUUCCCAAAAAACCUGCCUGUCUGAUUGGGGUAAUGGAUCCUGGCUUCCCAAAAACCUGCCAGUGUGAGCAGGGAAACGCAUCCUGGCUUCCCAAAAAACCUGCCUGUCUGAUUGGGGUAAUGGAUCCUGGCUUCCCAAAAACCUGCCAGUCUGAGCAUGGAAAUGGAUCCUGGCUUCCCAAAAGGCUGCCAGUCUAAACAGGGAAACAGAUCCUGGCUUCCCAAAAACCUGCCAGUGUGAGCAGGGAAACGCAUCCUGGCUUCCCAAAAACCUGCCAGCCUGGUUGGUGGAGGSAGAUGGAAGCUCUGCUCUGUCCAGUCCUGGCCAGCUGAAUGCUUUCCUGUGCUCAUCCCACCCCUGAUGGAGCUCUGAGCCRGACCCCACAGGCAGUGCCCACGCCAGCCCAGCUCCAGCAGUGAUGCUGCACGCGCUUUAUUUGUACCCAGGGAUUCUGAUGAGACACUGCUGGUGGCACUGRGCACUGCAGGAGGGCAGGGAAGUGUUGAUCAGAGCAGAGGAAAUUCCCAAAUCCAGUAUUUAAAGCUUGUUGUUAGUUCAACAGCAGUUUUAGAGAUGCUGGUUCCAGCCUCCAGCUCUUCCUGAGUUCCUGUAGUCAGCAGCUUUGGCAUCCUCCAGCCUCAUUUUCUCCCUUUUUCUCUGCCACGUUACCAAAGGUUGAAAUCCCUCCUUAGAGACAGGGAGGAGGCCGAGCUCUGCAGGUGCACGAGACGUGUGUUGCCGUGUUUUUGCACUGAAAUUAAGGAAUGUAUCCAACCUUGCUCCACGGUCCUUCCCACCUCAGGGAGAUGCUGGCCCUGGCUGCUCCUUCCCCGAGGUUCCUGGGACAUACCUCAGUGUGCUGGGGCAUCAGAUCAAAGCCAUUUAGCAGAUUUUGGUCAGAGUAGCUUCCUCAGCGUGCCAGCCCCGCUGUGAGGGCUGUCCCCAGGGAAGGAGGGUGUCCCAUGUCCUUCCCGGCCCUGGUGGCUGUGCUGGUGUCCCCAGUGUGUGCUCACAGCAGCUGGAGUGCUUCAGCCACUCCUCUCCGUUCCUCUGGCAGUGCUGGUGUGUUGUGAUGCUGUUGUGAGUCCCAGUGGUGGUUCCCUCUCAUUUYGUGUAGGAUCUUGUGAAUUUAUUUGUUCCUCCCCUUCCCCUCUGCCAGUCCGAGCGACAGCAGCACACAGUAACUUAUAUUUCAGAGCAAAUGAUGUAAAACCUUAUCGUGUCUGUGUCCAGAACUAUAUUGAUGAAUAAAUAUCUGGUUUAAUUGCACAUUCGAUGGAUUCAAUAAAAAGCACAACUCCUUGUGAUGA